AUGUCUGAGCCGAUCAGAAGCAAGAAGGCUGAGGUGACCGCACCAACCCCUCAGAACACGCCCGCAAACCAUGCCCCUAUUUCUUCACACGCCCAGCAACCUGGCAUCGCCAGCAUCAAAGAAGAGAACCUCGACCCAGCGACUGCCGCCUCAAUCUUCGCAAAGAACCCCGGGCUCGUUUCCAUGAUCCAGGGCAAGCUCGGAUCGAUCAUCGGACGCUCAUCUGGCUACAUCGAAUCUCUCCCGGCCUCUGUUCGUCGCCGUGUCGCGGGCCUCAAGGGCAUCCAAACCGAACAUGCCAAGCUCGAAGCCGCCUUCCAGGAAGAAGUCCUGCAGCUCGAGAAGAAGUACUUCGCCAAGUACACCCCGCUCUACCAGCGCCGUUCUGCCAUCGUCAACGGUUCUGCCGAACCUACCGAUGAGGAGGUCGAGGCCGGCAAGCGUGACGAGGACGAGGAGGAAGAUGAGAAGAAGGAGAAUGAGGCUAAGCAGCUUCCAGUUGAGUCCGAGGAGACACCUGCUAGUGGUAUCCCAGAGUUCUGGCUGUCCGCCAUGAAGAACCAGAUCUCCCUUGCCGAGCUUAUCACCGACCGAGACGAAGGUGCCCUCAAGGAGCUAACGGACAUUCGCAUGGAGUACCUUGACCGCCCUGGCUUCCGACUCAUCUUUGAAUUCGCCGAGAACGAGUUCUUCACCAACAAGACCAUUGCUAAGACUUAUUACUACCAAGAAGAGAACGGAUAUGGCGGUGACUUCAUCUACGACCAUGCGGAGGGUGAGAAGAUUGACUGGAAGGAGGGCAAGGAUCUCACUGUCCGGAUAGAGAGCAAGAAGCAGCGUAACAAGAACACCAAACAGACCCGCGUUGUCAAAGUUACUGUCCCCACAGAAUCUUUCUUCAACUUCUUCUCUCCCCCCAAACCCCCACAGGAAGAGGACGAUGACGUUGCAUCUGAUAUCGAGGAACGUCUUGAGCUCGACUACCAACUGGGUGAAGACAUCAAGGAGAAGCUCAUUCCCCGUGCUAUCGACUGGUUUACUGGUGAAGCCCUACGAUAUGAAGAAAUCGAGGAGAACUUCGAGGCCGACUUUGAGGAUGAUGACGAAGAUGACGACGAUGAGGACGACGACGAUGAGGAGGACGACAAGAGAGGAGACGAUGAUGAGGACUCUGAUGAAGGAGUAUGCUACCCCUUGACACUUCAGACAACGUGCCAUACUAACCCAGCUCUCCGAAUAGGACGACGGCUCAAAGCCCAAGAAGGAAGCUACUGA